GUCGCACGAUGCACAAGUCAACGCAGACCGAAUAGACCAUCACGAACCUGUGCACUAAUAAAGGACUACGUCUUCAGAAGAACUAUUGCCCCCGCUUGUUUUUUCGCUGAAGCUGCAGGUGGAAGAAUCGACUGCAGGAUAUCUCGUGGAUCAAUGCAGGCCAUAAACGACAAAUAGUCAGCCGCUAAUUCAAGGAGCUGCCAGAUCUGUAAGAGAUCCACCAGGUCGUCGUCACUAGGUUCUAGAUCUCUGCAUAGCGACCAUCGUCUUCGAACCCCUCGCUUAGCAUUUCCAUUCUGCUUCUUCCUUGCUCAAAUAACGACAACAGAACCUAGCCAUACGCCAGUCUAGCAAAAUCAAUGAAGCUGCCGGAAGAAUCGCUGGGGAAAUUCUACGAGCAAGAGCUCCCCAAGAUUUCGAGACCGAUCGUGACACACACGCGACUCCGCCCCUCAUGUGACUUGGAUGAGCGCAGCAACCCUGCAGGAAUUCGGCUGGUUGCAGAGGAAGGAGUGGAGCACCGGGCCCAAGGGGUACACCACCUUGUAUAUCAUCAGCUGUAAGGCAGUAUAUGCGACCCACUGGUGGGAGAAUAUCUCCUUCGACCCGGAAAUAGAAUGGCGGGAUCCACCGACCCAAACAAACGCUGAACUGUUCAAGCUCACUGUCACUGAUAUACUGAGAGACGGGGGGAAAUACCACAGGAAACUCGACGCCGACCUGAUCGAGAACGACUUCCGCGCUUAUCUUAUCCACCCAGCCAAGGUUUUCCGGCAGUUGGCAGCAGAUCCAAAUGCUGCCGACUACACCAUAUAGUGGAAUCAGAUCCGUGACACUGUCGGCGAGCUGGUGCCCAUGCUGCAAGACCAAUCACGCUGGAGAGACAUUGCGUACGAGACGGUGGAAGAAGACCCAGAACUCUUCUUAGAAGAUGCAGUCAGAGGAAGGAAUCUCUUCAAAUUUGACCGAGCUCAGGACAUGGGAGGAGGGGGGCUGCAAACUCAGCUAUGGGCUAUGUUGUGGGUUGAAGGCCGGAACUACCACGAGGACAAAUGGUGAGCCAUAUGCGGGAUUUGGUGUGAUCAACUGUCGACAAUGGUCUAUAUUCCAUUGCCGUCUCAUGUAUAAUAUAUCCCAAGGAGAAACCAUCAAAAACCGACAUAGUACAACGGAACGAAUCCUGGCGAAUCAGUGGUAGAAAGGAGGAAAGGAAUAGCAGGCACUCGGAGUAUUCAGGACAAUUAGUUACGCUGCAGCAAGCUGAAGUAUACCCCGUACAAAGGAAUAAUAUCUGACUGCUUGUAAGACUGAAGGAGCUUAUAUUUCCUGUAUAGCCAAC